CAAAAAUACGUUGAAUCAAUGGUGUUGGGAGAGAUGCAAUUUUGAUUUCAAUAUCACAUCAAUGCAUCAGAGACUGAAGAUAGAGUGGGAUUUUAGAAACAUGAGUCAGCCACUGAAAGCAAUCGAUUGGGCUGUGACAGAAGAUAAUCAGAAUCCGAAUAAAACUGAUUGGCAUGUUGCAACACUGAACAGAACUUUCAGCGCGGCACUUUAUCAUCUUUCAACAAGCUACGAUGAUUUGGCUUUAAAAUUUCGGAUCAAAUAUGUGCUUCGGGUUAUUCAAGCAAUUUACUACCCCAUCCUCGCAAUUCUUGGUCUCGCUGUUAACAUUGUGACAAUAGUCAUCCUGUCUCAAGGAAAGUGUGGUCUCUCCAGAUGGGUUACUUGUUACCUGGUGGCCAUGUCAGUGGCAGAUUUACUCGUUAUUAUCCUAGAUCUGAUGUUGAGACAUGUUCCAAUUGUUUUUAAGAGACAGUUUAUUUUCCUUCGUUCUGUCCCUUUGUGCAAUAUCCAUGCCGUCCUGCUGCAUGCAGCAAUUGAUUGUUCUGUCUGGUUCACUGUCGCUUUCACCUUUGAUCGUUUUGUCUUGCUUUGUUGCAGAAAGCUGAAAAGUAAAUACUGCACUGAGAGAACAGCGUCUGUAAUUCUCAUCUCAAUGACUGUUUUGAGUGGUUUGAAGAAUAUAUUCUGGUAUUUUAUGUUUUCAGGUUUGUAUCGGCUUCAAAAAGAACCCUGGUUUUGUUACACAUCGCCAGGUGUUCAGUUGUCGUUAGUCUGGGGCUCCAUCGAGUAUGUUCAUUACAUACUUACCCCAGUUAUCCCAUUUAUCCUUAUUCUUCUGCUGAAUGCAUUGACAGCAAAACACAUUUUAAUGAAAUCCAAUGUCCGCAAGAGACUUCGCACUCAAAACAAUGUAAGGAAUGUCAGAGACGCGGAGAUGGAGAACAGAAGACGAUCCUUAAUUUUACUCUUCUUAAUCUCUGCUAAUUUUAUCCUACUGUGGUCAACGUUAUUGUUUUCUACAUUGUGGCAGCGGAUGAAGUUAUUGGGGUAUGCUGUAUGGCUGAAUCGAUAUUGGCGAGACAUUGGCUUCAUGCUGCAGCUACUCAGCUGUUGCACAAAUACCUGUAUCUAUGUUGUGACACAGAAAUUGUUUAGAAAGCAUUUGAAGAACAUUCUACUUUAUUUAUUUACUCUAAAAUUCCAAGUCAUCCAAUGACGCAAAUGUUCAAAAAUUGACAGUAUCGAGAUUUUCUUUAUUAUUAUUAUUUUACUUCACAUUUGACAUACAGGCAAUUCAAAAUUCUUCUUCAUUAAAAUGUCAGGAAAUUUUCAUCAAAGUAGCCAUUUAGUGGGGUGUAAGGCUUGAUCCUCAUUGUCGUUGAUAGGAAUGAGGGCAUGCCACGCAUGGGUCUCAAAUGGUGCAACAGAUUAUGCUGUUCAAAGUCAUUUCAAAAGCAAAACUGGUACUGGUCAUCUUAUUGUGGUCUCUGGACAUAAUUUUUCUCUCAGUUAUUUGAUGGGUGACAAUCCAUAGACGCUGUGCUAAAAUUGGAAUAUUGUUGUGACCUUUCGCCCAUCCCAGAGGUCAGCUCGUUAUAAACUACUGGCCAACAUGAGUAAACGUAAAAGGGGAUCUUCUGUCACGCAGAUAGAUCGACUAUUGUGGGUAGGAUAAGAUCCUUGUGUGCUUGGAGAAUUCUGAGAUGGUCUGAUCAUAAUUUCUUUAACCAUUGUCAUUGGUACGUUGUUUCAUGAAUGAUUGGAAUUCCAUUUUCACAUGACGAAUGGCAGAUUACAAAUUGUGUAUUUCCACUUUCUUUUGGAGAAUUUGCAGAAUGCUUUAUUCCUCACGAAUUGUAGGUGAUGCAUGGAACAAUCCCCAUGUUCCAUGGGUUUUGUGAAUGGUCACAAUUCUUGAAACCAAGUGACAUGUCAAUGUUCUGUCAGUUGAUGCGAUUUUCAAACAUUCUCAAGCAAUAAUGCUCAAAAUUGAAAGCAUUGUCAGAAACCACGGCCGCUGAAAAUCACCAUGAGACACAGGACACCUGCAACUUGAGCAAAAUAGAAGAAGAACACAACCUUCUGCAUCUAAAACACUGGAAUUUAAGCAGCAUCUAACCUCCACAAUACACAAAGAUCGAUAAUCCUUGAUGAUAUUCAGCAAUCCCAUAUACUGGAUAAUCUUGUUCAACAGCAGAGACAGUAGAAAGCAAACAGUUUAUUAGGUUCAACCGAUGGUGACAUAAAGGUACAGCAAAUUUGCAGGGUACACCAGCAUAGGCACAAUGAUAACCAUGCAGAAACCUUCCAUAUCAGUCAAUUCUGGUAAGAUUCAGAGAUGAAAAAUAGAAGUGAAUAAAACUGAUAGAUAUUGGAGCAUGCCACACACAAACAUCAGAUUGAAGAAAAUUUAAAAUUGAAGAGUUACAGAAGAUUAUGUUGAAAUGUCAAACAAUCUGUUUCUUCAUCACUUUGUGCCUUCAACACAACAAAGAACAGAUUAUUUUAACAAGUGUCCGAUUCUCUUUUAUUUUUUUCUCAAAACUUCAAUGCCAUAGCCCGGUGGGGAACAUCACUGCUGUUUUGUAGUGCCUUGUCCAAUACUUCGUUUUUGCGCUGCAACUGGCAAAUGAGCUGAGUGCAAUUACAAAUGUUGAUUACAACAAAACACACAUUGAGCAAAAUCAGCACGAGUUGUCUUUCCUACUCUCUUGUUGUCUGAAUCUCUGGUCUCAGAUUCAUGCCAGUUAACAUUUAUUUUUAAGCCAGGCACAGGGUAUAAAAAUGUAAUCCCCACCGCCCAAAGGCAACAACGAUCGUGAUGAAAUAACGUUCUCUUGAGAUCGAUCUCAGUGUCACACUUCUUGCACACUGCUCCACGAAGAAUGAGAAGACAUUUAUUUCCAAAAGCGGCGACAUAGUUUACAUGGAUAGCAUCUCUGGAGCCCAGCUGGUCAGCCUGAGAGAUGAACAUGGACAAUAAAGAGGGUAGGUCAACUUGUCGAGUCAUUCCCUGCCUUGAAAAGGACAAAUGUAUUCCAUUGAUAGUGAGGAAAAUCUGACACAGAAAUAUGAGUUCCUCCUUGGUGGCUGAGGGUGUAUUGUCGGUUCAGAAAUUGUCAACCUUUCUGGCUCAAUUCCUUCCCAUUCCCUUCUGCUCUGACUUUCUCACUUCACUCUGUCUGUACAGGAUGGGCUGAUAUUGAUGGCGGUGAUCCAUUGCUGCAUGACCUGUAAUCAGGUCUGAAGACAUUUCUGUACAUAGAGAAGCUGGCACAAUAAGACUGUUUGUUUUCUUUACGUGCUGUUUGUUACACUGUAUGAGAAGAGUUUCGUUAUAAGAUAUCGGAGAUCACUCAGCCCUGGAUUGUGAAUAGAUCCAGGAGGCAUCAAUUGAGGGGGCCAAGAAGGGAAAAAGUGCAUUGAGGUGAUUGUUUAUGUUUUUUUUACUUCUGU